AUGUUUGUCAACUCAGCUGUAACAAAUCAACAGAUGGCAGUACAUUAUCGGAAAGUGCAUUCCGCAAAAGCCGCCAUUGACACCAAAACUCCUCAUUCGUUGUGCACAAAUCCCAAGUCUAAAUUACGCAUGAAAAGGAAGAGUAAUGUGCGCAUAAAUGCGCCAUCACCGAAUUUGUCCGGGGUACGCAAGCACAAACAGUGUUGUACCUAUUCUAAGGACCCAGUAGUCAAUGAAAUCGUUUCGAAAUUAAUGAAUCAAUUUGAGGGGCAUGACACAAGGAGGCAAAAACCGAGAAAAGUUGCCACUCUAAACGGCAUUUCUCGUGGUGGUUCACUUAACCUUGGAAGUAAUUGCAAACUUCGUCAACCUUGUCAUGACCCACCGGCCGAUGUCCUAAAGCUUCAUGCAAGCCUUUUCACUGAGCCCAAAGUUUUUUGCCCGAGAACACUCAAAUCGGCAGCACUUUCCCGAGUUCGCAACCUUGCAUGCUACAAUCCGCCACGACGAAGUCAGGCGGCGGAACAUUUGGAGGAGUUUGACUUAAGAAGAUCGCAAAAGCCGUCUUUGCUUAACGACCACCAGUCAAGGGACCCUGAUUUGCCAAGCAAACCCGUUUUCCGAAGCCCCACAUCAGCUUCAGUCCAUACACCAAGCCGGAAGGAGCAACAGUUGAAAGCGAUUCGCCAGAUUGCCCUACAGUUGGAUGUACCUGCGGAACUGAUGACGGAGUUUACUCUUCAUAAGAGUCAGUCCGAUAUUGCGAAGACAAGCCCCAACCCUGGCGUUAAUGCCAAAGGCGAUGAAGCGUUGAACAAAAAAGAGCCCACCCCUGAGUCUCAAAGCAGUGAAGGUGGUCUCCUUAGUUCUGUCACGCCUCUACGAGACUCCUGCUAUACACUCAAUCUCCGCCGAUCGGAAGGAUCCGGUUCUAACAUCCUAAACACAGAGGAUGAAUCGGAUGUGGAGAGUGGAUCGUGCGACAGCACCACGUGUCUUGCAUCCUUAUCGCUUGCAAACGAUCAAGCGUCUCCGCAACAGCCUUCGAAAUCGACAUCCGAUCUUGUCAUCCCUUCUGGGACGUCAGAUGCAGCGUCUAAUAUGAACUCGGAGAUUGAAGGAACCAGUCAGUUGCUUAGUUCUCUUGAGAUCAAAGGAAUGGUCGAAAGUGACGAAAAAAGUGAAGAUAAAGAUGAAGAAGAUGAUAGUGAUGAUGAUGAUGAUGAUGAUGAUGAGGAGGAGGAGGAGGAGGAGGAGGAGGAGGAGGAAGAAGAAGAAGAAGAGGAGGAGCGGACUGAUAUCAACGAUGCUGAGGAGAGCUACACCAGUGAAUCUUUUGACGACGAUGAAUAG